CGUUCCUUAGACAUAUUCCAAAAUUAUUAUAAAGACCAAGAAGAUUAUUUAAAAGGCCAAAGAGGUCUUGGUUUCCGAUUCCUAUCGACAAACUGACAGAGAAUUAUCGCGGCCAUGUCUCUUCAGUACGAUCCCGAUUUCCGAAAAGCAACGGAGCCCUUCUUUGCCCAGCAGCAGGCCAACCCCAGACCCCCAAUGAACGACCCAUUCGUCAUCCGAUCUGUGAUCACACCAGCCAUGGAGCUAUCUAUGGCACAGUUCCCUGAGGUUUUAGAGGUCACACAUGAGGUAUACCACAUCACUUCCUACGACGGCCAACCUAUUCCUGUAUACCGAAUCUACAAGCGAAAUGCCAAGACUACUCCCGGCCCGGCUAUAGUACACGCUCAUGGCGGCGGCACGGUUUUCGGUGACGCGAGCAUGUUCAUCAAAAUGCUCUCGGCCCUGGUCAACCAGAGCGGCGCGCAGGUCUUCUCUGUUGAUUACCGACUAGCACCUGAGCACCCUUUUCCAACACCCGUGGAGGACUGCUAUGCCGGGUUAUCCUGGCUCAUCGAGCAUUCAGCUGAGUUCAACAUCGACCCGAAGCGCAUCGGAACGAUGGGUGAAAGUGCCGGUGCAAACCUAGCCACGGGCAUCGCGUUGAUGGCCCGCGACCGGGGGCUUUCGCCUCCCGUGGCGAAGCAAAUUCUCAUCUAUCCCAUGCUUGACGACCGCAAUACCAAGACCUAUUCAGCACUCACGGGACUCUCGACGUGGUCGCCCGAAACCAACGUUGCAUGCUGGUCGGCCUAUCUAGGAUCGGACUUUGGCACCGACCGCGUCUCCCCGUAUGCGGCUCCAGCUCGGGCCCAUCUGGAAGGUCUACCACCUACAUAUCUCGAAGUUGGAAACUUGGACAUUUUUCUUGGUGAAACAAUGGAGUAUGCCUCGCGUUUGAUGCAGGCGAAUAUCCAGGUAGAAAUCCAUGUCUAUCCGGGCCUGCCUCACGCAUUCGACACGUUUGCGCCAUUUUGUGAGCCGGCGAAGAGGGCUCGGAUGAAUCGAGUGCAAGCGGCCUCUACCCUCUGACCAAAAAUGAAAGUACAUAAACGUGAAAUGGAGCUGCCUUGCAUUAGGAAUUGAGUUCAUCCCCUUGUGCCGUUGACUUCCGGAAGCGACAAACCGUCUCCGCAUUAGGAAGGGCUCAUAUAAUUCGGGGUGGUAUUGCCAGGGCGGAGCGCAGCCAAGCCCUGUGUUUCAAGGCUGACGAAUAAACAAGUCAACAUAAGUCCGUAGGUGUCCUUUUGGAGGGUGAGGCGGAGCGGAAGCGGGCGCGCCUCGGAUAUUCCGUGGAGUCAUCUUGGAGAGCAGAUGUGGAGUAGAUGUGGCGGCGUAUCCGUGCCUUCCAGUAGCCCCCACCGCACAGGCAUUUAUCACCGUAAAGGCAAAUUUGAUGCGAUUCCCACUAUCUAUAGCAAUUCACCAUGCAUAUCCACAAAAAAAAA